UGGCGGACUAAGCUACGUGGCUUUCCGGAGAAGUUUCACAUUUACGAUCUUAUCGAUUCAUAAAUAGCAUCAAAUACCUCAACUAUUCGCCUUUUCUUAAGCCCACCAAACGGACUUUGAGUGUGGAGCGAUGGCGUGUUAUCUGAAGUGAAGAUUGAAGACGUGAUAGAAGAUGGACGACUACUGCUAUGCUAAGAUGGCGACGUCCGCUAAAAGAGAACAUGAAAGAGAAUCAGCGCCACCAACGGAGAACAAUCUGAAAAGCGAAGAUGAAGACGUCCAGCAGCUGAUCGGGAAUCCAGAAGAAGUUUCCCCUCAGUUAGGGGGGAGCUCUACUUUGAAGCAGGAGACUCCACAACCACCCUGCAUUAAAAAGGAAGAGGAGGAACUCUGCAUCACUCAGGAGGGAGAGUGUCUUCUAGGACGAGAGGAAGCUGAUUACACCAAGUUUCCACUGAGUAUUCUCUCUGUGAAGACUGAAGAUGAUGAAGAGAAACCACAAGUAGACAACCUCUUAGCUCCACUAUCAGAUAGUGAGGCUGAAGACGAGGUUGAAGAACCUUUGAGCAGCGAUACAGACUGUGAAGGUGAUAUGAGGACUCACACUGACAACAAACACUCUGAAUGCUCUUCAAAGAAGAGAGGUAAAAAAUGUUUGAGCUGCUCAGUUUGUGCUAAAAGCUUUUCUGUUCAGGGCAUGUUGACUCGACACAUGAGAACACACAAAAGGGAAAAACCAUUUAAUUUUUCAGUUUGUAGCAAAAGCUUUUCUCGAAAUUACCGUUUGACUCGACACAUGAGAACACACACAGGUGAAAAAACAAUUAAUUGUUCAGUUUGUGGCAAAACCUUUCCUCAAAAUUGCCGUUUGAUUCAACACAUGAGAACACACACAGGUGAAAAACCAUUUAACUGUUCAGUUUGUGGAAACAACUAUUCUUUAAAGAGCCGUUUGACUCAACACAUGAGAAUACACACAGGUGAAAAACCAUUUAACUGUUCAGUUUGUGGAAACAACUAUUCUUUAAAGAGCCGUUUGACUCAACACAUGAGAACACACACAGGUGAAAAACCAUUUAGUUGUUCAGUUUGUGGCAAAAGCUUUUCUGUUAAGAGCCUUGUGACUAAACACAUGAGAACACACACAGGAGAAAAACCAUUUAUUUGUUCAGUUUGUUGUAAAAGCUUUUCUGUUCAGAGUAAUUUGACUGAACACAUGAGAACACACACAGGUGAAAAAUUAUUUAAUUGUUCAGUUUGUGGCAAAAGCUUUUCUGUUAAGAGAUAUUUGACUCGACACAUGGGAACACACACUGGACUAAGAUCAUUUGAUUGUUCAGUUUGUGGUAAAAGCUUUCCUAAUAACAGCUCUUUUUGGCGACACGUGAGAACACACGCUGGAGAAAAAACAUUUAGUUGUUCAGUGUGCUGUAAAAGGUUCCCACAUAAUGCAGACGCAGUAAAACACAUGAGAACACACAAGGGAAAAUAACCAAUUAGCUGUUUAGUUUGUGGUAUGUUGCUCAUAUGUGGUGACAUCCACCCUACCCAGGACCUCCUCACUGCUUCUUUCACAAAUAUCUGAGGUAUUCAUACAAACUUGGAUUAUUUGGAGCAUAAUCUUAUCUACUCAUGACUUCUCUGUAUCUGAAACCUUCCUGAACAGUAAGAUAGAUGAUGCUUCAAGUGCUUGGUUACCAGAGGUGUGGACUCGAGUCACAUGACUUGGACUCGAGUCAGACUCGAGUCAUGAAUUUGAUGACUUUAGACUUGACUUGACAAAAUGUAAAGAGACUUGCAACUCGACUUAGACUUUAACAUCAAUGACUUGUGACUUCACUUGGACUUGAGCCUUUUGACUUGACAUGACUUGCUACUUUCCCCAAAACCUAAAGCUUAAAAAGUUAUUUGGGAGCGCUCCGUAGCUUUCAUUUUCUACGUGUCUGUCUAUCAGCGUGUGUGCUGCGUGUCAGCGUGUGUGCUCUCAGUACAACAGCCAAUCAAAUUAGAUCUACAUUUUUUUCAUCACACAGCAUUCAGCCAAUCAAAUUGCAGGACAACCAAUGAACAAGAGUUGUCAAACAAUGCGGCAGUGAGAAAGAUUUAUACCAAAGUUGGUUUCGUUUGGGUAUAAAAACUACGACUUGGUCAACAAAAAACGAAUUGCCGUAUGCAAAUCACGCAGUUCGAAUAUUACAGACGGAGACGCAACAACUUCCAACUUCGUUCGACAUUUGAAGUUGCACAAAGAAGGGUAAGUUUUGAAUGUAAGAUAACGUUUAUUGGCUAAGUAACAUGACUUUUAUUUGCUGUGUAGUUAAAUCAGCGAGGCUGUAAACUCACUGCUAACGUUAUAACCAUAGACAUCUUAUAAGUAGACGCAGCAUCGAGCGCUACUGCCUACUGGCGCAGACGAGACGCGGGGCCGCCAUCUUGGAGUGGUGAUCCGCUCCACUCAGUGCAAUUCAUUUGGCAGGAGCAAUGAACUGUCAACGCAUUUAAUUCAUUUUACCUCACUGAAUACCACUCAUUUUCACACGCUUUUUUGUCAUACGUGUAGCUAUGAUAAAGGACACAUGUUUUAUUAUUCAUAGUUUGCUUAACAAUAAUAUAAUAUUCUUAUAUGCUAUAAGUGACCAGACGUCCAAGAUCAAAACUGGGAAUAUAAGCCCAGAGAAGGGGGAAAAAAACAGUCAGCUAUUUUUAAGUUGAAGAAACAAUAUGAUUAGGUUAUAUAUACAUGCGUAUAUCCUACAUAAACAAUGUAUGAAUACAUUAGAUAUCUAUAUAUCUUAUAGACCGAAUCUCUGUUGCUGCAGCAGCAGAGAGUUUAUUCUGUCUUGACACUUUGUAUUGAUAUUUUGUAUUACAUUCUUCCCUUAAAUGAUCAGGUUUACAGUGAUUGUUAUAUAUGUAUUUUUUAUGUAUGUCGCUUUGGAUAAAAGCGUCUGCCAAAUACUUAAACAUAAACAUAUAUAAACACCUGAAAGUCUUUAUAUCAGCCAAAACCACCAAUCUGUUUCACUGGAUUCAGAAUAAAACCAAAUGCUGUCUUACCCAACAAUGUUAGUAUUUGAAUAUUGUUACUUGAAGACUUAUUCCUGGUUACAAUUAUACUGUUAAGAAAGUAUUGUCUUAUAUUUUGCCUAAAAUGAGAAAGCAUCAUAAUCAGUGGCGGCUGGUGAAUUUUGUUUUAGGUGGGGCUGAAAGUUUGUAAACCAAACCCCUGUAGGGGGGUCAACCUCCCCCAGAAGAUUUAUUUGUGAUUUUCACAUACAUAUAUUGAAGAUCUUUGCUCCUUCUCAACUCUGUGGUAAUGUUAUUUUCAUAAAAUACAACCAAUAGUACAUUAAUGUUAAAUCUUACUUGUGAAAAGUAAUCCCCCGAUUCGUAUUUUCAACAGUUCGCUCAUUUGAGCAGGAAAACGCUGAACACCAUCUUUGUUUUCUACCUGUCAACUGUCAGUUUAGGCUGCUCGCCGGCUCCUCAUCCUCACUUCAAGAUGCAAAUUGCUCGCGUCACAGCAACCAAUACUGCGUCUACUUAUAAGAUGUCUAUGGUUAUAACGUCAUUGCAAACACGGCAAUCUGUUGCGUCCACUGCAGUUUGCUACCUUAUUCAUACUUUUUAUCAAGUGAUUUUUUUAAGCAGGGUUGCAUGAGGUACCUAUACAUAACGUAACGUUAGUCAAUGUAUCACACACAGUAACAUAACGUUAGACGGCGGUCAGCAGCACCGUGUAUUUUACCCACCUACAAAAAGACAAACAUAGUCAUAUAAAUAUCAUAUCAAAUAAAGGUCAGUUAAAAUGUAUACUAUAUUAAGAAUAUGUGUACAUAAUGCAUAGGGCCCUGACAUCUAAAAAGUACAACUCUGUUCAUUGUUAUGUUCAUGUAUUUGUUAUGUUUUUCAUGUGAACGCACACAUCAACACACAUACAGUAUGAGAUGAGAUCAAUGAGAUAAAGUAAGAACAGGAUAGAAACUGCUGUGGAACUAGUUACAAUGCAAUAUGCCAUGGAAAUACAAUGUUAACACUUUUGUACAAAUAAGUACAAUUGCACUUGUUUUUUCAAAUGUGUUUAUUCUGUAAAGGAAUGAGUUAAAUGUUUAAAAUUGUUUAAACUAUUAAAAUUACUGGUUAAUAGUGCUAUUAUGAAUUGCAAUGUCAGUACUAUUUUUUUUCUUGCUAUUUCAAAUGCACUUGUUUUAAUAAAUAAAUACAGCGGUUUAAAAGCAUACACAAUCUGUGUAAAAAUAUUAGUCUGUGGUUAAAAGGACUUGAAAGGACUCGAAACUCAAAAUGCAGGACUUGUGACUUGACUUGAGACUUUCCAGUCUUGACUUUGGACUUGACUCGGGACUUGCCUGUCUUGACUCGGGACUUGACUCGAGACUUGAGGGCAAAGACUUGAGACUUACUUGUGACUUGCAAAGCAAUGACUUGGUCCCACCUCUGUUGGUUACUCCUUCUUCAAUCGAGGGACCUGGGGCCUCAUGUGUCAAGUUAGCGCACGCUCAAAAACCUGCACUACACCCAUUUUGUUGAGAUGUUUAAAAACUGACGUUGUGAUGCUGGGUAACUGUUUGCAUAAAAAAGUGCCAACUUUUACUCCUCAGACUGAUUGAUGUGCAAAUCAGAGACAUAUGAACAAUUAACCCCCAACACCCACAACCCAACCCCCACCUCCCUCGACAUUCGGGCAUAACAGGUUCAAUCCGGCCCGCGAGAUGAGUUUGCGAAGUGUAAAAUGCAGCUGCAUUUUUUUAAAGAAAGAAACUGCUGUUCUAAUUGUGUCCACUGGAUGUCGCAAUAGCAAUUCUGUUAGGCAAGCAAAUAGUUGAUACCGGGGCGAGCAAGUAUACCAAGCAAGAGGUACACGGUAAAGCGGGGCUGUGACUCCUCCCCCUCCACCCAACGUAAAACAGGAGUAAAAUAAGCAAUCAGUAACCCCACUUAAAAUGCAGCAUGAGACACUGCACACUGAUAUAGUUCUGUGAAAAUGAUUGUCUUCUGUGCAAAUGUAAAGAAAGUGAACAGUGUGUGAUUUACUGCAAUACUGUCAGUCUUUUAACUUUUUAUUUGUGCUUUGUUGAAAUUGUUCACACAUUGCACAGCUUUUAUUUUUCUAUCAAUACACAUUAUGUCUAGAAGACAGGAAGUAACUCAACACUCUUGAAUAGUUUCUACCUCAGUUUUUAUGGUUUGUUGAGUUAGCACAGGAUUAAUAUGUGGACAUGACAAAUGAGGUAGU